UUCUCUCUCUAUAAAUAUUACAGAGUAUAGUGUACCAAUUUGCAGCUGAAUUGAAGUCUUUUAAGUUUCUAAGAAAAAAAAAAUGGCGGAUGGGGUAGUUUUGCUGGAUACAUAUUUUAGCAUGUUUGGGAUGAGGGCUAGACUCGCAUUAGCCGAAAAGGGUAUCGAGUAUGAAUACAAGGAGGAGAAUUUGGGCGAUAAAAGCCCGAUUUUGCUCGAGAUGAACCCGGUUCACAAGAAAAUCCCGGUUCUUAUUCACAAUGGGAAACCGGUUUGUGAAUCUCUGAUAAUUGUUCAGUAUAUUGACGAGGUGUGGAAGGAUAAUAAUUCUCCAUCUUUGUUGCCUUCUGAUCCUUACCAGAAAGCUCAAGCUAGAUUCUGGGCUGAUUUUGUUGACAAAAAGGUGUAUGACGCUGGAAGAAGAUUGUGGACAACUAAAGGAGACGAGCUAGAAACGGCAAAGAAAGAUUUCAUCGAAGCCCUCAAGUUAUUGGAAGCUGAGCUUGGAAAGAAGCCGUAUUUCGGAGGUGAAAAUUUCGGGUUUGUGGAUGUGGCAUUGGUUACUUACUCCAGCUGGUUUUACGCAUACGAAACAUGUGGCAAUUUCAGUGUCGCAGAGCAUUGUCCUAAAUUGAUGGAAUGGGUGAAAAGGUGCAUGGAGAAAGAGAGCGUCUCCAAGUCGUUGGCCGAUCCUAAGAAGGUUUACGAUUUUGUUUUGUUCUUGAGGAAGAAACAUGGCCUUGAGUAAGUCGUAUGGUUCUUGUGUGUUUAGAUCGUAUCUAUAUAUGUUGUAUGGCUAUCUAUAUAUAUUGUCUAUGUGCUUGCGGUGUGUGUGUUUUUCGUUGUUCCCGUUUUUUUUUUGUUGGAAUAAUGAAGGCGUUUGUGCCUUUUUAUGGUAUAGUAAGCGUGGUUUACUCGGUGGUGAACCGCGCGAUGCUAGACAUUGUUACGAGACGCAUGUUUAGUUUUUUUAUUCGUGUUGAUUUUUGUUUAUGUUAUGUGGAUCGUUUGUUUUUUUCUUACUGCGUGAAACGAAGGCAGUUGUGAACUGUGAUUCGUUAAUUGAUAUAUGUUUGGGCGAAA